AUGAGUGAUUGGUGCAAAGAAUUCGAACAAUUAUUGGAUGACAUCAUCGAUAAACAUGGCUCCAGAAAUGUCGAUGACAAUCCAUACACUGGAUCAACAGUACAAGAAGAAAUCGAAUCUAUUGAAGAGAAGGAACCAUUUCAAGAAAUCAAUGGUAUCGUUAGUCUCGACGAUUGUAUGCAAUGUGAUGUUCGAUUUGAACAAUGUCGAAUUGAAGAUUCUUAUGAUGCAAUUGAUGAACAAGAAACACUUGAACAACAAAUUCAAGAACAACACGAAGAAGAGAAGCUGUUCGAACAAUCGGAUGAUAAUGAUUAUCAUCAGCCAAGGUUCUCCGUAAACCAAGAAGAACUGUAUACAAUUGAAGAAGAAGAAGAAGAUCUAGUAGAAACGGACAUCUAUUCGUCUUAA